AUGCAGACCACCAACGGUACUCCCAACGGUGCUCAAUCUCGUCCUGGCUUUGCUGGUCAGCCGACAACCCACGUCAACGGCGCGAAUGCAGCGACGCCUGUUGCCAACAACCACCUCACCGCCAUGCGCGUCCCUCACCACAACGCGUACACCCACCAGGGUAACCCUCAAGUCCAGCCUGGCUUCCCCGGUCAGCAUCAGAUGGCCAACAUCGACGGCACCACCUACGAGAUGACCAUCCGCGGCAGCUCUGGCGCGCCCAUGCCCGUCGCCCAAGGCCACGCGCAGAGCGCUCAGCAGGCCCCGCAAGGCCCUCCGUGCUUCCCUACUAGUCACCAGACCGUCAAUGGAAACGGCUGGAACCCCGUUCUUCCUAUGUUCAACAACCCUGCCGCCAUGAACGCGCUUUACCAGCUCGCGUCUGCGGUCGCGUCUCAGCCCGGCCAGCCGCAGUAUCCUCAGCAAUGCCAGACUCCUCCGCAGUUCCAGAGUCCUCAGCAGUACCUGACUCCUCAGUCCCAGAGUCCCCAGCAGUACCAGACUCCUCGAUACCAGACUCCUCAGCAGUACGGAACUCCUCAGAACGGAACUCCGCAGCACGGGACUCCUCAGCAGUACGGAACUCCACAGCAGUACCAGAACCAGGCCACUGAUUCUGCUACCCACGCGAAUCCAUCUGGCGACAAUGCUCCCAAUGUCGACAUAGCACGUCCCUCUACCAACCAAACCCCUCACCCAGCCAACAAUACGACUGCUUCUCUCCCUCAUCCCAUUACGCCUGGCGUCGAUCAUCAUACUGGCUCCGGCUCACCUCCUGAUGCCAGUUCUCCUCUGAACGCUGGCAAUGCUCCUGAUGUUGGCGUGGCUCAGCCUUCAACGAAGACCGAAAGCCCCGAGGAAUUUCAGGCCCGCGUCAAGGCCCUUGUUGGGGAGAAGGGAAACGCUUUCGUUGGCUACAUUCAGAACGAUACCGACUACCGCCGUUACAAGCAAGCAGUCUGGAAGGCCAAGCUCAGCGGCGGCAGCUAUGAGAAUAGGGCUCAGGACUACCCGAAGGAUGCAGCUGGUCAAUCGAGAGUCAGGCAGCGAAUCUUUGACGCCUUCUUCAACCUCGAUGGCGAGCAGGAUCCCGCAUCUGAAACAGGUGAAUUCGCCAAUUGCCUGGCUGUGAAGAUCGUUCAGGGACUGUCGCCCAUCGAGGUGGAGCUCUUGGCCCACGACCUCAUGAUGUACAUUCUGAAAGUCCAGUCAGGACAGCCCGUGACUACGCCAGACUUCAAGGUCGUGCAAGAACCAACCUUCGAGGCCAAAGUCAACGAGGUGGUGGCAGCUCUGAGUGUCAACAAACUCCUCUGCCGCAGCGCAAUGACAGCCGACAAUUUGCUCGCUCGCAUUGCUGCUGAUCCUGCGGGUGAGCGCCGCAAGAAGACCACCAACAUCAGGAACAACUCUGGCAAAGCCAAGGUCCUCGCCGCCGAGUCCGCGAAGAAGGGAACAGGGAGAAAGGGCAAGGGGAAGAGAGCCGCGGCUGAUACCGAGGCUGAGACCCAAAACGAGGCUGACGCCAAUGUCAGGAAAGCCAACGGCAAUCGCAACCCAGCGAACUCUACUCAGGGCCGCCCCACCAAGCGCCCGAGAACUACAAAGCAGUCUACUCAGAUGCCUCAAGCCCAGAACCAAGGCGAGGCUCCGAGACAGGAACAGGUGCAGCCAAUGCAGCUCACCGAGACAGGCCUCACCAGCGGCCAGCCCAACGCCAAUCCCGUCGACACGAUUCAAGGCGCCGCCAACCCAAACCAUCGCGUCUUCGACCAGACUCAUCACGGUCGUAACCUCAACGACGGAUUCGUCCAGCAAACCUCGCAGGCGAACAACUCUACCAACAACGACCUGAACCUCGGUCUCGCCGAGCAGAACCACCAGGCGACCAACCUCGUCAACAACAACGCCGGCCCAAAUCAAACCGACCGCGCCAACAACCAGACACCUACUGCGGCGGCAGACCAGAGCCAUAACGCCUUUGGAGCACCUCUGCAGACUCAAGCUGAGUUCAACAUGGCCAACGGCUGGGAGGACUUUGGCUUCGGCAACGACCAGCCUUUAGAAAACAUGGAAUUCGACUGGACACUCGACCCCGCUGACUCCUUCUCCGCGGAUCUCAUCAAUCAGUUCAUGGGUCUGGAUCAGCCCGCCAUCCAGGCGCCGCAGCCCGUUAUUCAGGAGCAGCAGCCAACCCAAGAGCAGCACCAGGCGCAGGUUGGCCAGCCGCUGUCUGGUCCGGGCGAUUCUUUUCUGCAAGACUUGAAUAACGACUUGUUUGGCGACGCAGAGUUUGCAGCCAACAUGCAGACGUUGGCAAACUUCAACGCCCAGAACUAA